AUCAUCACCCCCUCCACCCCCACCAUCAUCCUGACCUUUUGACCCGUCACUUCUAAUCUAUAUCUCAUAAUCAUCAUGUCGACGCGUUCUUGGAAAGCCGUCGUGCCUGAGGGAGCGUUCUGGCAGUCCCUGGACCCGGUCAUCAGCAGCACCGUCGUCGGCCACCUCUCUCCCGCCGAACUGAACCAUCCCAGUCUCGACCCCUCCUUGUCCAACCCUGAAAAGCUUGCCCUCCUCGAAAAGACUCUGAUCCAAAAGCUUCCCCUCGUCGACAACGACUACACGAGAACCCAGAGCCUGAACUCUGCCCUCUUCCAUAUCUACCGCGGCACCGGCGAUCUCGAAAAACAAGAGAAGGUGCUCCUCCAGCUCGUGGACAACUCCAGUCCAAACGGACCCGGUCUCCCCGCUCUGCAGAACCUCGCAGCACUGUAUGAAGAAAAGGGUGAGCACGCCAAAGCGGAGGAACUCGCUCGAGAGACCUUGCCGCUCCUCCAGGGCCAUCCAGUGCUGGGCAAGGAUAGCCCCCAGUCGCUGGGGUCUCUGCGGAUCUUGAUAAAUGCUUUGUGGAAGCAGGGAAAGACCGAGGAAGCGGAACAGGCGAUUCAGGAGGCUAGAAGCAGUAUUGGCCGCUUGGAGGGGGGACAGUUCGCGGCCUAUCAGCAGGAGGAGAAGGACGCGCUUGACAAGGUGGUCGCAGAGUUGAAGAAGUAAUGGAUUUUCUCUGUCUUGCACAUCUCCAUGAUGGUUGUGGCAAUAUGAUUUUAUCAUGAGUUAGUCGGGGGUCUAUGACAGGAUGCUUAGGACAUGAAUGAACACUCUAUUUCACUGAGAGUCUCUGGUACCUAAUCUGCCAAACAAUCAAGUAUUCAUUUUUAAAUCACCCCCAAUUCCCCCCGCCAUGCCUCAAUCUCCUCCCAAUUUCGACAAACGUGCU